UGUAUUAUUACACAUGACAUAAGCAUAAUAUGUUAUUACUGUUUCAGAGAAAGCAACAAAAACAACGACAACAUUGUGAAAUAUGGCUAGGUUGCUCAUAGCGGCAAUUUUGACAUCUUUAGCUGUGGCUGUUCUGGCGAAUGACAGUAUCCGAGUGUGUUACUAUUCCAACUGGUCACAAUAUCGUCCUGGACGGGGCAAGUUUUUCCCAAAGGAUAUAGAUCCGUUCCUAUGUACCCACGUGAUCUACUCGUUUGCUAAACUAGAUUAUAAAUCUGAACUGACGUUUUAUGAAUGGAAUGAUGAUAAACUGUAUGCCCAAUGUAACGACAAGAAUGACCCUACAAGUUUAAAAGCCUUGAACCCAAACCUUAAGACACUGCUCGCAACAGGUGGUUGGAACGCCGGCAGCAAGGUAUACUCGGACAUGGUAUAUGACGUCACUCUCCGGAAAAAGUUUGCACGUACGUCUGUAGACUUCUUGAGAAAAUAUGGUUUCGAUGGCCUUGACCUUGACUGGGAAUACCCCGCGUUGAGAGGAGGGCGUUCAGAAGACAAAGUGAACUUUAUUGAAUUGAUAAAGGACUGUCUUGAGGAGUUCAACAAGGAUUCAGUAAAGCCACGUCUGUUGUUAACAGCCGCCGUAGCCGCUGGGAAAGACAACAUUGAUGUUGCGUACGACAUUCCAAACAUGGCGAAAUAUUUGGAUUUUAACAACCUUAUGUCAUAUGACCUUCACGGCGGAUGGGAACCAUUUACGGGCUUUAACAGCCCUCUGUAUGCUAGGUCGUCUGAAACAGGGAACCAAAGAUUGCUGAAUAUGGAUUGGGCUGCAAAGUACUGGGUACAACAGGGCACCCCGAAAGAAAAGUUGAUUAUCGGUUUAGCUACCUAUGGUCGUCACUUCCAAUUAGCAAAUUCGAAUAACUACCAGCCGGGCGAUGCUGCGGUAGGCUCCGGUGGUACCGCGGGACCUUACACAAGAGAGAAAGGAUUCCUGGCCUAUUAUGAGAUAUGUGAUAUACUGUCAAAAGGUGGAGCCACUCGUUACUGGGAACCAGAACAGAUGGUUCCCUAUCUUGUUAGCGGGGACCAAUGGAUCGGAUAUGACGACGAAGAGAGCAUCGAAAAGAAGUUACUGUAUAUAAAAGAGGAAAAAUAUGGCGGUGCAAUGGUCUGGAACAUUGACCUGGACGAUUUCAAUGGACAGUGUCCGUUAUCAAAAAAUCCAUAUCCCUUAAUGCGCCUCAUGAAAAAGAUUCUAGGGGGAUACACCCCACCAGUUACAACACAACAACCAGGUACAACUAAAGUAACAACUGAGAAAACAACUUCAAACCCAGUCUCUACUAAAAAGACAAGCACUGUGGUAACGGAAGGCACAACAAAAAGCACGGUUGUUACGGGAGCAACAAAUCCGCCUGGAGAAUUCACAUGCAUUGGACGGGCUAACGGCUUUUAUCCUGACCCGAGUGAUUGCUCCGCCUAUUACCAUUGCUGGGAUGAGAUCAAAUAUAGGACAGUUUGUGGUAAUAACUUGUUGUGGAACCAAAAUAAAAAGAGCUGUGACUACCCACAAAAUGUGGACUGUCAGGUCGUGACAAGUAAAACGAAUCCUACUACUGAAACAACAUCAGGGCCGACUACCGAUGCACCUACAGACGAACCUACCGAUGCACCUACAGACCAACCUACCGAUGCGACCACAAACCCGCCAACGGACUCUCCAACUACGAAGGAACCAGGAGAAUUUUGUAAAGACAAGGCAGACGGCCUUUAUAAGAAGAAAGAUGAUUGUCAAUCGUAUUAUAAUUGUGCGCACGCAAAAACACAAGUUGUAAAGUGCCCCGCUGGUACGCUGUUCAACGCCGAGGCAAAAAUCUGUGACUGGAAAGAUAAUGUCGAUUGUAAUGACGAAGGGGACACAAGUGAAUUUUGUGCGAACAAAGCAGAUGGUAUGUACAGUUAUCCAGCAGAUUGUCGGAAGUUCUACCAUUGUGGUAGCUCCAGGACCUUUGUCAAAACAUGCGCAGCUGGACUGUACUAUAGUCCAAUUCUGGAGAACUGUGACUGGGCAGCCAACGUGAACUGUGGCACUCGCCCUGUUCCUUCAGCAUUAAAAAGCCUUGGAAACAUAUGUACGGACGGUCGUGACGGACUUUAUCCAGACCAAGCGAAUUGUCAUAACUUUAUCCAAUGCAAAAAUGGCAAACAAUUCCAGACAUCAUGUGGAAACUUUCUAAAAUUUAAUCCAGAUAUCAGCAAUUGUGAUUGGCCAAUGAAUGUACUAUGUUUUAAAGGUCUUAAAGUGAGACCUAAUUUCUUGAACGACUUUUUUGUUGCGCAAACACGUAUUGACGAAAGUCAGGCUCCAAUUCUUACUGACUUGCCCGACAUUCCUUAUCAUCUGGAUGAUCUCACCAUAUCACCAGAUGAGGUGCAAUUAGUAAUGAAAUCACUUCUUUUGGGAAAGGCCGCUGGUCCUGAUGAUAUUAACAAUCGAAUCCUUCGUGAACUCUCACAUGAACUCAGUGGUCCUCUAAGUUCUCUAUUUAACUAUUCCAUUCAGGUUUCUCAAGUUCCAGACGUAUGGAAAGAAGCAAAUGUUUCACCUCUUUUCAAAUCGGGUGAUCCUUCUCUUGUUAAUAACUACCGACCAAUAUCUCUCAUAAGUACUGUCAACAAAGUCUUUGAAAGAAUCGUAUUUAAACAUACAUUUAAUUUUCUGCGUGAUAAUAAUAUCAUUACAUCUCUUCAAUCUGGUUUUGUUCCCGGAGACUCCACUGUCAACCAACUAACAUACUUAUAUAAUUUGUUUGCACAGGCCAUUGAUUCUGGUAAAGAAGUCAGGGCUGUGUUUUGUGACAUCAGUAAAGCGUUUGAUCGGGUCUGGCACAAGGGCCUUAUUUAUAAAUUAAAUUGUAUCGGUAUUUCUGGCCGUCUUUCCUCUUGGUUUUCUUCUUAUCUUAAGGACAGAAGACAAAGAGUUAUUUUACCAGGUUGUAGAUCUUCUCUUAAUUUUAUUGCCGCUGGUAUGCCACAAGGGUCAAUUCUUGGGCCUUUGUUGUUUCUUGUUUAUAUUAACGAUAUUGUUAUCGACAUCAAUGCCAAUAUAAGACUUUUCGCCGACGACACUAACCUUUUUAUUGUGGUCGAAGACCCCGUGACUGCUUCAACUAUCCUUAAUUCAGAUCUUGAUAAGAUAACUUCUUGGGCCGAACAAUGGGUUAUAAGAAUAUUUGAAAUUUUCAGUGAUAACAAGAAGGUCCACGAAAUGACUCUGCUACGAGCAGCUGUUUUAUUGGCAAGCGUUGUAGCGGUCACUGCAGAUGGUUUUAUACGGGUAUGUUACUAUUCAAACGCGGCACAAUAUCGUCCCGCUCCAGCAAAACUUCUGCCUGAUAAAAUAGAUCCACAUAUCUGCACACAUCUUAUCUAUGCUUUUGCGAAAGUAGACGAAAAUUCCGAGCUGAAUUUCACAGAAUAUAACGAUGGAAAUUUGGUAAGGAAUUUUAAUGGCUUGAAGAAGAGCAAUCCAAAGCUUGUAACCCUUCUAGCCGUAGGUGGAUAUAAUCAAGGGGCAACUUCACUCUCGAAAAUGGCAGACGAUCCUAACUUGAGAUCAAACUUCGCCCGGAAGGCUGUAGAUUUCAUCCAAAAAUGGGGGUUUGACGGCCUCAGUUUGGAUUGGCAGUUCACUUCCGGAACCAGAGCUGAAAGAUUUAAGAAUAGAAGAAAUUUUGUUCAAUUAUUAAAUGAGUUACGACAAGCAAUGGAAUCAAGUAAAGAAAAACUAUUGCUGUCUGCAGCUGUACCUUGGAAUAAAGUCGACAUAGAUAGUGGCUAUGACGUUCGUAACAUGGUGAAGUAUUUAGAUUUCAUCAGUUUAAUGUCGUACGAUAUACAUGGACCAUGGGAGAAGAAUGCCGAACACAACAGUCCUUUGUUUGCAAGGGAAGAUGAAAUCGAGGAAGACGGACAAAAGAACGUGGAAUGGGCUGCGAGUUACUGGGUCAGCAAAGGUGUUCCGAAUGAGAAGUUGAUCAUAGGUCUCCCAACGUAUGGUCGUUCCUUUACUUUAGCCAGGCCUAGUAACAGUGAAAUAGGUGCGCCUAUUAGAAGUGCAGGUACCAUGGGACCUUUCACAAAAGAAAAUGGAUUUCUAGCAUAUUAUGAGAUUUGUAAAACUCUGCAAGAUGGUGCUACACGAUAUUUGGACGACGAGCAUAAAGUACCGCAUCUGGUUUCCGGUGACCAGUGGAUUAGUUAUGAUGACAAAGACAGUUUUACGGACAAGCUUGAGUACAUAAAGACGAACAGUUUUGGUGGAGCUAUGGUUUGGGAAAUUGGGCUCGAUGAUUUUAAUAAUAUAUGUGGAAGCGGAAACUACCCAUUGAUGAAAGUCAUUCGUGAAGAGCUAGGAACAUCUGAUGAUGAAGAUGAGGAUCAAUCUCCGUCAGAUCAAACGCAACGCCCACCUCAGACUACAAGACCAACACCAGCUCCGCCCCAGACUGCGAGACCAACGCCAGCUCCACCCCAGACAACGAGACCAACACCAGCCCCACCACAGACCGAGAGACCAACACAAGCCCCGCCCCAAACCACAAGACCAGCGCAAACAGACGCGCCUACAUCAAAACAAACUCCACAAGAGAUUUGCAAACAGAACAGAUUUGGCUAUUUUGAACACCCGGACAGCUGCUCGAAAUUCAUCAUAUGUAAUCAUUAUAAUCCUGUCAUAAGACCGUGCGCGCCAGGAACAUACUGGGACCAGAAAAUCAAAAAUUGUAACCAUAUGUGGGCAGUUGACUGUAAAGUUAAAAGAGUGUUGUCAAUGAAUGAGUCCGAGACAGAAAAAGCAUUGAUUGAAACACUCUUGCGAAAGCUGCAGAAUAAAAUGUCAGAUGCUGAUGCAGAAAACGCAGAGUCGUCCGGGACAUUGACUUCCGGAUUGAUACAGAACUGUGAAAGACAAAAGUGUCUCGAAAUGAUGUUACUAAAAAUAGCCCUUAUUACGGCUGUUUUCAGUUACGUUAAAGGGCAUUUCAGAGUUUGUUAUUACUCAAACUCGGCACUGUAUCGACCCGUGCCAGCACGUAUUACGCCGGCAAAGAUAGAUCCACAUUUGUGUACGCAUCUUAUUUACGCCUUUGCUCAACUGAACCAAAGUUCUGAAAUAAUAUUCACGGAACCGACCGAUAGAGAAAUGGUGGAUGAAUUCACUAGUUUGAAGUUAAAGAAUCCCUCACUGAAAACACUGCUGGCAGUUGGUGGAUACAAUCAAGGAAGUACACAGUUUUCCGACCUAGCAGCCGACGCAAAUCUUCGCAAGACCUUUGCAAGAAAAGCUAUAGAAUUUCUUAACUUAUGGGGUUUCGAUGGCCUUGACCUCAACUGGGAAUUUCCGGCUGGCAAAGGUGGGAGAAGAUCAGCUGAUAAGAGGAAUUAUAUUUCGCUUAUUCGGGAACUCAGGAGGCAGUUCGAUGCGGAAUACUAUAAACCGAUGCUUACCGCAGCGGUCCCUCAUCUAAAGGUAUUGCUAAGAAGAGGUUACGACUUGGAGGAAAUGGCCAAAAACCUUGACUUCAUUAGUCUUAUGGCAUAUGAUUUUCAUGGAGAUUGGGAAAGAGUUGCUGGUCAUAAUAGUCCUUUAUUUCAAAGGAGUUCCGAAAGUUCGGCUGACCUAGAAAAGAAUGUUGACUGGGCUGCUAAUUAUCUUGUAAGCCAAAAUGUUCCAAAGGAAAAGUUGGUGAUUGGACUUCCGGCUUACGGGCGCUCCUACAGACUCGCUAACAAGAACGUUAAGUCUAUUGGUUCUAGAAUCCGAGGUGCUGGACCACGGCAACCAUAUACAAACGAAUAUGGAUUCCUGGCAUAUAAUGAGGUUUGCGAAUUGGCAGCUAACGGCGAAGAAUUGUUGGAAUUUGAACAGAAAGUUCCCUACCUGAUACACGAGGACCAUUGGAUAGGCUACGAUGAUGUGAAAAGUUUUGAAGUCAAGCUCAACUAUAUAAAAGAGAAUGGAUAUGCCGGGGCAAUGGUCUGGAGUAUAGAUAUGGACGAUUUUGGCGGACUUUGUCCAGACUUUACGCAACCUUUCCCUUUGGUACGCAAAAUGAAGGAUAUAUUAUAUGAUGUAGAAGAUGAGGACGACACUGACCAAUAUGUGGACCAAUAUGAUGACCAGUAUGGGGACCAAUAUGGUGACCAAUAUGGUUUCUAUCCCGGAGAUUAUUAUCAGUAUGGUAAUGAGUAUCUAGAUCGAAGAGGAAAGAAUUUUGUCAAUCUUCGCUAACUGGAACUGUUAUUUGAACUUUUACCCUUUUAAGUGCCAUAUAGAAAACACAUGACAUUGUAUUGAGUUAUAUUUAACCUGUAGAACAUCUCCUCUGUAUCUUAAUUAAAGCAUACCAAAGUAAUUGAAAGAACGAUUGUAUAAACUUCCGGUAUAUCGGGUAGCGCAUGGGCGUUGACACCGCUGAAUUAGAUUUGUACAUUUUGCAUACGUUUAAUAUAAGAUAAACUUUUUGUUAAACCAGGUACGUAUAUUAAUGUACAUACCUGGUUAAACCUAUCUUACGAUAAUAAUACAAAAUAAACAGCAUGACUGGACUGUGUUUAUUUUAGUUUUGGUUUCCAAAGUAUAUUUCACUAUUAUCUAUAGUUACAGCAAUGCAUCCUUUACAGAAAUCAGAUUCUGUCCGCUCAUUUGAAUGGUAUAACAACACUUGGAAAGAAACCACGUACUUUAAUAUACUUUUCAUAGUUUAAUGGCUCUGUACAAGUUUCAUAUAUAAUGCUAAAUCUGUCGAAUAUCAUGAUAUAUUUCUAUCUGUUUACAGUUUGUUGUAGUCAUAGAUGUACGUUGGGCAUGCCUAACUUGGGCUAAUAAACUAUAUUUGAUC